UUUUGUAUGUUGCAGAUAAUAACAUCGCAGCUAAGAAUGGAAAUUAAUAAUUGAAAAUCUAUACUAAUUAAGGAAUUAUGCGAAUAGAAAUUUUACAAUUAGUACAGCAUGAGCGCUUCCACCCAUAGACCAGUGCUUCGAACUCAACUACGGCUAGAUUCCAAGUGGCUAAAAACUGAUUUACAGGCUGCUUUUACUAAAGAUGGGCUGAGCAGACUCUGGAAUGAGCUUGUUAAAGAUGGCGAGAUAACCACUAGUAAUUCAGACACUGUUGUUAACUGUGUAGGUGUCCCAGCACGCAAAGACAAUGGAUGUAACUGUUCACCAUGUCAGAAACUAGACAAAGAAGAGAAAGAACACAAAGACGAUGAAGACAAAAGACCUCCACCUGCUAUGGCACUGAUUGAAUCAUGGACAUGGGGAAAACAACCUGAUGUGCAGCACUUGAAGGAAUGCUUACAUUCAUUGGUAUAUGAACAACAACAGCUAGCCACUGAAGCAGCAACUACCACGCUGUCUUCAACACGGUUGCAGCAACGUCUAACAGUGUUAGAAAGAUACUUCACCGCCCUGGCAAGACACAACCCUGAACAAAGACAUGCUCUACAGAAAAAAACAGAUGGACCAAUUGUGAAGAGUAGUAAAAGGUAAAAUUGUGAGAAAGCCACCACUGGUCUCGCUAGAGUUGGGUCACGUGCUGCUCUAUCAUUCGCAUUUGCAUUUUUACGCCGGGCAUGGAGAACUGGUGAAGAUGCUGAUCUGUGUAGAGAACUCUUACAAGAAUCAUUAGAUGCCAUGCGUUCCCUGCCAGAAGCCACUCUGUUUGAUGAGACUUCAAUGUCCAAGGUUUGGUUAGAAGUGGUAGAAAGGGCUUCUAAAUUCCUUCGAUCAGUUGUGUUGGGAGAUCUGAAUGCAGGUGCUACUGCUAAAGGAGCUAACACCAUCCCAGUUGGGGACCAACAUGCUGCGUUAGCUUUGCUGUUGGAGCUUUCCAUGCAGAGGGGAACACUCAGUGAAAUCCUCUGCUCUGUACUUUUGCUGCUACAACUCUGGGAGUAUGGUCAACAAGAAACUGACAAUAGGAGCAACUCUGCGGGUACAAGUGCACCUUUGGUUCCAUUACUUCGCAGAUUUCAGGAAGUAUCGGGUAUGAAGUCUAAAGGACCGGAAAGUCCAAAGCUAGAGGAGUCGACAGGUAGUCUCAAGAUAAGUCCCACAGAUUGUUUUCUAAGAUAUUUACAAUUACCUAAAGAUGACGAUGCAUCGGUGGAUCUCAGACAGUCUGCUGUUGUUAUCAUGUCACAUCUAGACAGACUAGCAAUGCCAUAUACUCCACCAUCGGCCACACAAAAGGCAAGUACCACUUUUACAUCACAGGAAGUACUUGGAUGGGGUUGGAUUGCAUGGAUUGGUGGCAGCACAGCUCCAUGUGGCCCUUACCCUAUAGAAUCUCUUGGUGAUCUUGGUAUUAGACAGAUAUGUUGUGCUGAGAGAUGUUUACAUGCACUCACUAGUAAUGGGAAAGUCUAUGUCUUAUACUAUAGCUCUGAUGUUCAGGGUCCUCAGUUAUUAGAAAGCAUUGCUGACAAAGAGUGCAUAAAGAUUACAUCUCAUGCUGAGGGUAAACAUUACAUGGCAUUGACAUCAGAUGGUGAUGUAUACUCCUGGGGUAAUGGUGAUGGUGGCCGUCUAGGGCAUGGUGACACUAAUGCUCGAGAUGAACCAGUGUUGAUCCAGUCACUCUGUGGUAAACACAUCACACAUAUAUCCUGUGGUAGCACAUACAGUGCGGCCAUCACAUCCCAAGGUGAACUCUAUACAUGGGGUAGAGGUAACUACGGCAGAUUAGGACAUGGUAGUAGUGAAGACCACAGCACACCAUCAUUAGUAGUUGGGUUGAAAGGUCAAAGAGUGAUUGACAUAUCAUGUGGAAGUGGAGAUGCCCAGACCUUGGCCGUUACUGAAGACGGUUCUGUGUGGUCAUGGGGUGAUGGUGAUUAUGGAAAACUAGGGAGAGGUGGCAGUGAUGGCUGCAAAACGCCUAAAGUCAUUGAUAAAUUGAAUGGCCAAGACAUCAUAAAAGCUUUCUGUGGUGCACAGUUUUCAGUGGCUCUUAGCAAAGGUGGUAAUGUGUGGACAUGGGGUAAAGGAGAUGGCUACAGACUUGGCCACGGAACCGAGGAACAUGUGCGUCACCCCAAAAUGAUAGAAAGUUUACAAGGCAAGAAGAUUGCUGACAUACAAGUGGGGUCCAUGCACGUACUGGCUAGGACUGAAGAUGGGGAAGUUUACUGCUGGGGUAGAAAUGAUCAGGGCCAGUUAGGUGAUAACAGUCUAACCACCAAGUCAGAGCCUACUCUUAUGAAUGCCCUGGAUGGAAAGAAUAUAUCGGGUGUGGCAUGUGGACCAUCACAGAGUUUCGCCUGGUCAACCAGUGGUCACUGGAUGGUGAGUUUACGAGUGCCGUUCUGUGUCGAUGUCUGCAGAUUGACUUUUGAUUACUUAGAUCAGUUACUCCGACAAGUCUGUGAUGACCUAGAUGGUCGAACUGACUGGCCGCCACCACAGGAGAAGGAGUGUAUGGCUGUUGCUGGUUUGAAUCUUCUUCGAUUACAGUUGCAUGCUGCAAUAACACAGAAUGAAAAUCCAGAAGAUCUUGGACUUGGUCUUGGUGGAUCUCUACUGUUUAGUCUUAAACAGCGUGUUGUUGAUCUAGCCAGUAACGCAGGUGUGCUAUCAACUGUACAGAUAGCAGCUCAGUCAACACUGCAGAGUGGGUGGUCUAUUUUACUACCAACAGCUGAAGAAAGGGCAAGAGCUUUGUCUUCUUUACUGCCCUCUGCAGCUGGAGAAAACAUCACCAUGACGCCCGGUCGUCGUUUCAUGAUGGACCUGUUGGUGAGCAGCUUGAUGGCAGAUGGCGGAUUAGAGUCUGCAUUACGUGCGGCCAUAAAGACUGAGGUGAAAGAUAUUGAUGGUAUGAAUGAGAAAGAAACUGAAGAGGAAGGUUGUGACAAAGAUAUCACAGAGGGACUUGGCUUGCCCACAGCUAGCAAGAGGGAGGAGAAGAAAAAGGAAAUAACAAGUAAAACCAAACCAGAGGCAUCAAAAAAAGAAGACAAGAAAAUAACAAGUAUACCAUUACUACAAUUGGUACAACAGUUACUAAGGAAUGCAGCUAGUUAUACUCUGUCCAAACUCCAAGAUCUAUCUUUGGACGUCUCAAUGGAAGAUCUACCAAGGUCAUCUAAAGUUGAGAAAUCAACAUCUCUCGACUUAUUGCUUAGAUUUCAACGCCUUUUAGUCGGUGAGCUCUUCCCCAGAGAAGAGGAGAAAAACAAAGCCGGAUCUUCCACUGGUAUGUAGAAUCCUGAAUUACAAGGAGCUGCAUCGUUGAUGUGCAAAUACAUCUCACUACUGUGUUGUCAUGUUAGUGAUGUCUUAUCAGUAGCAGCCAGUCUAGCUAACAGCAGUGCAAAGCAUUUUGCUGCAGUGGCACACGUCAUUGAGUCAGAUAUAUCAGGUGUUUUACUACCUGAGUUGGUUGUAUGUAUGGUGUUAUUACAGGUACACUCAUCAGCAAUCAUGCAAUCAUGCCAGGCUGUACCAAUGUUAGGCAGUCUGUUAGAAUUGUUAGACAGGUUUAAUAAACUUGCACCUGGACUGGAUAAAGAAGAUUCUGAGGACCUUGCGUGGCCAGGUGUCAUAGCUAAGAACAUAUAUAGUAAUAACCAGAACAGAGGAAGUGAUGACGUUCCCUUGAUACGUAAAGCUGAUUUAGAGAAUCACAAUAAAGAUGGCGGAUUAUGGAUUGUCAUUCAUGGUAAAGUUUAUGAUGUGAAAGAUUUCCAGUCACAAGCACCAUGUGGUAGCGAUACACUUUUAAGAUUUGCUGCUCGGGAUGCCACAGAAGCUUUUGAGGAGGCAGAGCAUUCAGCUGAGGCCCGGGAAAUGAUGCAAGCUUUCUUUGUUGGUGUUUAUGUUGAGCCUGAACAAGAUGUUGUUGUGAUGACUGACACUAGCAGUAUUUCCAGCCCACUCAUUGACACAGAGCGUGUGCUUGGUCUCUUGCUGGGACUCCAUGCCAACCACCAGGCUCACAGCUUACCUAUCACGUCUGUAGAAGAAGAUUGCCAGCUGUGGUUGAAGUCAGAUCUCUUCAUGGGAGGAUUACAAGUGACUCAUCCAAUUGCUAGUCCUACAGAUGAAGAAAAGAGUGAAGCCAAAGCAACACCGCUGGGUUUCGCACCAACAAAACAUGAAGAGAAUCAGAAACUCUUCGCGAGACAGGUGUCCCAAGCUGAUCCUUCAGGGCCCUUUCUGCAGGCCAUCGCCGAGGGCAGAAUGCAAGACCCACAUGCAAAGACUUUUCUGUCCUACUGUGAAAGAUACUGCAAACAUCAUAACCUGACAAUGCCGAUUGAUUUCCCCAACGAUCACCCUGUAGAGGAGGUGGGACGGCUUUUAAUGGCAUGUUUGAUGAGACAUCUGGAUCUUGGGCAUGCUGCUUUAGCACUUGUUGAACACAGUGGACAUGGUGGUCAAGGGGAUGCAGCUGGCAGUUCUGUUCCACAUCAUCAUCGACACAUUACACUUCCGAGAUCCAUUGUUGAAAUGUGUAAAGUGGUCUUUCAUGCCAAGUGUUCUCUCAUCAAGACUCGACAAGACCUUGACAGGUCUUACAAGGAAGUAUGUGAUCCAGUGUUUGAACGUUGCUUGUUCCUGUUCAAUGAACUCAGACCAAGUAUUGGUAAUGAAGUGUCAGCAAUGUCAAGACUUAAGAUACUCAGUACACCGCCACGCUGGAGAAGUAUAGCACACAAGAUGAUUAGAGAUAAAAGGGCAGCUAAAGGUCUGAGCAAGCCAGACAAGAGCUGUGUCAGUGAUAGAAAGGAAGAUAGUGGCAUGACUGUCAAAGUAUAUGCCAAACACCAUGUUAAACAUGACAAACCAGCCAGAGAUAAGCCGCUACCACACUGCCUGAGUAAUGUCCACCUGAUACCAACCUGCAACCGAAUGAUACUCGAAAUAACCUUUGCCAAGCUGUACACCUGGGCCAUCAAUACACUGAGGGAAGCUGUCUUGAAUGCUGAUUAUCUAUUCAAAACAUCCGGCAUCAACCCAAAUAGUGCAUUUGCUAAUGGCAAUAGUUUGGGUACCUUCCCACCUGCCAGGUUUCUUUUAGCGAUGGUGACGAUGCUGACAUCAGAACACCAGGCCAACAGUCUGAGUCUGCUUUUGAAUUCAGGAGUUCUAGGACUAACACAAACUGUACUACGACUUGCUGGUCCCAAUCCAGACUCUAUUGAGGAAGAAGAUGAUCCACAUGUAGCGUCUGUGGUGGAGGAGACUAAAUCACAACCACAGCCAGCACCACUUCCAACAAGUGGACCUGAAUUAGCUGCUAUGAUGAAAAUAGGGACCAGAGUAGUUCGGGGACAGGACUGGAAAUGGGGUGAUCAGGAUGGGCCACCCCCAAGUGAAGGCAGAGUGAUAGGAGAGUUAGGUGAAGAUGGCUGGAUACGUGUACAGUGGGAUACAGGUAGUACAAACUCUUAUAGAAUGGGCAAAGAAGGCAAGUAUGACUUGAAACUAGCUGGCCCUCCACCCAUGCAGAAUACAGAAGAGGAUGACAAAGAAGUAGAUAUUGAUCCAGCCAUCAGUUAUAAGAGAGAAAGUAGCCAUCCUACUGUGUUGAUACACUAUGCUGGAGUGUGUUUACUCAGAUCGUUGGCAGUGUGUACUGGUGUGCAUGCUGAAAACAUGCAGAAAGAAGCUGUGCGUACAGUGUGUGGAUUAUUACGAACACUGGUAGAUGCAGGCUGCUCUAACGAUUCCAGUGCACAGUCGUCAGUAGCAUAUCAGCAGUACCGUGAAUGGGCAACUCUGGGAUUUACUCGAAGUAUAGCUACUUCACCAGCCGUGUGUUGUGCACUCAGCACACCACAGUGGAUAAAACAAUUACUGAGGCUUAUUGGAUAUAUGAACAGUCCACCCACAGCAGAUACCUUACCAAGACAGGUGCUAGCACUGCGUGUAUUACGAGCUGUGUUGCCGUCCUGGGAUAUGAGUCAGCAUAGGUGUAUUAUGAGUCAUCUAGUUGAGGAGGUGUUCAGUCUUCUUGGUAGCGUACUCUUAGCAUGUGCACAUGAUUCAUCAUUACUCAUAUCAGGUGAAGGAAUCAAGAAGAAGAAACAUCCUAAAGCACAGGUAUCCUUGACGGCAUCAUUCAGCAGUACAGUUGCUGAAGAGAUAGUGUCAUUGCUGAGAAAACUGCAUUCAUUGGAAUCCUGGAACCCGCUAAUCAACCAGUUUAUCUCUAACGGUUUACGUUUGAUUUCCGAUAUGGUUUCUGACAGGCCAGUUGUUCUGAGUGCAGAGACCCCUGAUGAUGACAGCAGUGUUCUGAAGAAUCAGGGUGAAGUGAUGGCUAUUCUUGCUGUGAUUGGUGGAAUUGAUGCACGACCUCGCUUAGGUGGUCUGGUGCGGCAUAAAGAGUGGGGUCUUGGUACCAUAGCUAGGAUUGCUGCUAGCGGUAAACUAACUGUACAGUGUGAUGGACAGAGAACUAUGAAAAUGUGUCGACUUAAGGCGCUUAAUCCUGUACCCGUGAUUAAUUUCAGUGUUGAGAAGUUACUCAUGGUGGAUACAGUCCUGCAUACUUGGGUGACAUUAGGUAGUCUUCUGGGUUCAGGGUUCAAAGCUCCAAGAAGUUCUGACACUUCAUCACUCAGUAGACCAAGCAGCUCAUCAUCUUUCACUGUCGGUGAGACAGAUUUGGUAAAUACUAAAUUGUUACGAAAACAACAAGUACGACUUGGUGUCUUGAAAGCUGCCAGGAUACUUUUCAGUAGACAAGACAACUUACGUUUGUUACUAUCAUUGAUGGCGACUGUGCGUGUGCCUUCCUCUGAUGACUCUGAACCAAGUACUACACAGAUGUUGCUGUUACAACAUCUUAUGAAUGCAGCCACCAAACCGUCUCCGAUAAAACCUGUGUUUGAUAGAGAAGAACUGGAGGCUGCGGCUUUAGCAAUAUGUCAGUUCUUAGCAGCGGAAGCUGUUCACCCGCAGACUGAGGAAGCUCCAAGCACCCAUUCUGAUACACCAACAACCACCCCUAGCAGCACAUCUACUACGUCUGGUGCUGUAGCUACUGCAGAGCCAGUCAGUAGCAAUGUUAUCAACAAUGACAGACAGAGUACUAUUAAACUGACUAACAAACUAAAGAAAAGAAAGGCAUCGCCGCCACCACCUUCUCCACUCAUGCAGCAGUUGAUGGAAAUGGGGUUCCCACGAAAGAAUGUGGAAUUUGCAAUAAAGGCACACACUUUUUUAUCAAUCUAUAUUACAGGCAGUUCUAGUGACACUCCAUCAGCAGAGGUACUCGUUAGCUGGUUGUUAGAGCAUCCUGAUUUACAAGUACCUGAUUUAGUAUCUGACUCUGAAAGUAUCUCAUCAUGUGACGAUUACUCUGAUACAGACUCUAUAUCAGAUGAAUUUGAAGACAUGGAAGGGGGACAAGAUCACGGUUAUUCUUCUGAAGGACAGGUGUUUAAGAAACGUGCUGAUUUCUUUAAUAACGAUGACUAUGCCAUGUAUGUUAGAGACAACAUCCAAGUUGGUAUGACUGUGAGAUGUUGCCGCACAUAUGAAGAAGUGCAUGAAGGAGACACAGGCAGAGUUGUCAAGUUGGACCGUGAUGGCUUGCAUGAUCUAAACGUACAGUCAGACUGGCAGCGUAAAGGUGGCACCUACUGGGUUCGGUACAUACAUGUUGAACUCCUAGGACACAUGAUGCAGACAGCUGAAGGCAGUAACAUUAAAGUUGGCGACAGAGUACGAGUCAAGCACACGGUUGCAUCACCCAAAUAUAAAUGGGGUUCCGCCACGCAUCAAAGCAUUGGCACAGUAACUGCCAUCAGUGCUAAUGGACGGGACAUAACCGUGGACUUUCCACAGCAAUCUCACUGGAUCGGUCUAGUCUCCGAAAUGGAGCUGGUGCCCAGCAAUCACCCUGGUGUCACUUGUGAUGGCUGUCAUAUGUACCCAAUCAGUGGUCCCAGAUACAAGUGUCGGGUGUGCGAUGAUUUCGAUUUCUGUGAGAACUGUUUCCGAAUGAGAAGGAACCACAGACAUCAGUUUAAUCGAAUUGCAGAACCAGGUGCAUCUCCUGUGAAUGCUGGGCGUCCUGGUAAAGGUAAGAAGAAAACUAAUGCUGCAGGUGCUCUGAUAGAAGAAUGGAAUCGAUGUGUAAAACAUUUAUCCGUAUCAACAAGGGAAAGCCAAGCAUCUAGACUAAUUGAUGGCAAUCCAGCCACAUACUGGCAGUCAUCCGGAUCACAAGGAAAGCACUGGAUCCGUAUGGAGAUGCAUUCUGAUGUAUUGAUACACAGAUUACGCAUCACUGUGGAACCCACUGACAGUAGCUAUCAACCAUCGCUAAUAGUGAUAUCAGGUGGGGACAGUAUAUCUACACUACGAGAGUUAAAAACAGUCACUAUUGGUCCCACUGAGUCCUUGGUCACUCUACUACAGGAUGUCACUGAGUAUCAUCGCUUUAUGGAGAUAGCUAUUCGUCAGUGUAAAAGCAGCGGUAUAGACUGCAAGGUACAUGGUGUGUACAUGACAGGCCGUAUGAAAGCUGAUGAUGAUGACAUCGCUGCUAGCUUUUCGUUCCUUGCAUCUGACAAUGAAGAAGAUGACGAGAGAAGUAACAAUAGGACUACGUUCAGACAGCGAUCACUGGGACUGGCUGCAGCCAAUGAAAUUCAAACAAAAGUCUUUGUAUGGGGUCUGAAUGAUAAGGAUCAAUUAGGUGGUCCCAAGGGGUCAAAGAUUAAAAUACCAGGAUUCAAUGACACUCUAUCAACUAUAAAAUGUGUUCAGAUUUCUGGUGGAUCUAAAAGUCUUUUUAUUGUAACACAAGAAGGUAAAAUGUACGCAUGCGGUGAAUCAACUAAUGGUAGACUGGGAUUGGGUCCAGUUACUGGGAAUGUAGCUAUGCCAAAGCCAGUCACUUCACUAUCACAGUAUGUAGUGAGAAAAGUUGCAGUACAUUCAGGUGGACGGCAUGCUAUGGCAUUAACAGUUGAUGGUAAAGUGUUCUCAUGGGGUGAAGGAGAUGAUGGAAAACUGGGACAUUUCAGUCGCAUGAACUGUGACAAACCACGUCUGAUUGAAGCGUUGAAAACGAAGAGAGUACGGGACAUUGCGUGUGGCAGUUCGCACAGUGCUGCAAUCACAUCAGAUGGUGCUCUGUACACAUGGGGACUGGGUGAAUAUGGCCGACUGGGACAUGGUGACAAUACCACACAACUCAAACCGAAACAGGUAAAAACUCUAUCAGGUCAGAGAGUGGUCCAGGUUGCCUGUGGAAGUCGUGAUGCCCAGACACUUGCACUGACGGAUGAAGGCAUGGUGUUUUCUUGGGGUGAUGGUGAUUUUGGUAAACUCGGCCGAGGAGGCAGUGAGGGAGUUAACACACCCCAUAAUGUAGAGAGGUUGAACGGACAAGGUGUUACACAGAUUGAAUGUGGGGCUCAGUUUUCAUUAGCAUUAACUAAGACAGGACAAGUGUGGACCUGGGGUAAGGGUGACUACUAUAGAUUGGGCCAUGGAUCAGAUGCACAUGUUAGAAAACCCCAAGUGGUUGAAGGUUUGAAAGGCAAGAAGAUUGUCCAUGUAGCUGUAGGAGCUUUACAUUGCCUUGCAGUCACAGACAACGGUCAGGUGUAUGCAUGGGGCGAUAACGACCACGGGCAGCAAGGCAACGGUAUGACUACUGUCAAUAAGAAACCAGCAUUGGUCCAUGGAUUGGAAGGUGUGAAGAUAACUAAAGUUGCAUGUGGUUCUUCUCACAGCAUAGCAUGGUCUACUACUGAUACCAGCCUUCCAUCUGUACAUGAACCUGUAUUAUUUACAACUCCCAGGGAUUCACUGGGGGCUUCUUCAGUAGGUAUAACAGAAGGUAAUAAUAACCAGUCAGGUGGAUCUUCUAACGUCAGAUCACAGUCUAAACAAAGACCAUCGUUGGCAAAGAUAGUAUUAUCUCUUGAGACCAGCACUGCAAAACAGCAAGCGUUAACGCAUAUCCUGACUGCAUUGCAGAUUAUAUAUGCACGAUAUGCCAUUGUAAUUGCUCUGCAAAAUGAAAUACCACCGCAGCCAUCAUCUACUACACCCAGCAGUGAGAGCGCUCGUACAGUGCCAACUACUCCACUUGAUAUCGGUGACGUAACUAUUGAGAUGAGUGAGCCACCUACACCAUCAUCUGAAGUCCAAUCACCAGCUGAUGGCUUGCCCAGUAAAUCCAGUUCUCUUAAAUCAUCUACUAUUGUACCAGAAACCAUCACUACUACAGAGCAGGUGACAAGUCCUGAUGAUUCAGAGCCACCAACAAUACAAGGACUGGAUGAAUUCACAUCUAAAUUAGGAUCUGAUGAUGCCAGGGUUCUUGUGGAUCUUCUCAAACUAGCCGUAGCUGAUAGAGCUGGACCACAUGGCAAGGAAGCUUUGUCAUCUGUGUUGACAGCACUUGGAAAGACGUAUCCCCAGGUUGCUGACAUGCUUUUAGAGUUAUGUGUGACUGAGCUGGAAGAUGUUGCCACAGAUACAGAGAGUGGUAGGACAGCUAUGCAGCCUGUAGUACAGGAAAGUAGUCAUCCUUAUGUAGAUGAUAUAUCAACAUCUGGACAAGUCAAAAUACCUGGAGCUGAAGCCCUGAGAAUUGAGUUUGAUCGUCAAUGCUCAACCGAAAGAAGACAUGACCCCUUAACAAUCAUGGACGGUGCGGGCAGAGUAGUGUCAGUGAGAUCAGGCCGAGAGUGGUCUGAUUGGUCCCAGGAAUUAAGAAUCCCCUGCGAUGAGUUGAAAUGGAAGUUUACCAGUGACGGUUCAGUUAACGGCUGGGGAUGGCGGUUCACUGUCUUCCCAAUCAUGCCGGCCGCAGCUCCGAAAGAUCUUUUAUCAGAUAGAUCUGUGUUGUCUCGGCCAUCUAUCGACUUGGUUACAUGCCUGUUGGAUAUCCGUUUAGAAAGUGCCAACAGUCAUCGUAUCAUGCCAAGGUUGGCAGCGGCGUUAGCAGCGUGUGCUCAGCUUAGCUCACUUGGAGCAUCUCAACGUAUGUGGGCAUUGCAGAGAUUACGUAAACUGAUAAAUACUGAAUAUGGAGCGGCAUUGAAUGUAGACGCCAUAAUUGGUGGACAUGAUAUGAGUGAUGAAUUGCCUCACCCCAUGACAUCAUUCAGCGGUACAGCACUGGCAGCUCUUGUCAAGGGAUUACCAGAAGCAUUACAGAGACAGUAUGACUAUGAAGAUCCUGUGGUCAGAGGUGGUAAACACUUGUUACACAGCCCAUUCUUUAAGGUACUGGUAGCCCUUGCAUGUGAUUUGCGAUUGGAUGCCUUAGCAUGUUGUGCCAUGUCUCAUCGCUGGUCUUGGUUCCGGCGUUACUGUACGGCAGCCCGGGUAGCACAGUCUCUUGAGAGGCGUACUCCUCUGCCGUACAGCUUCUUGGAAGAGGUAAUGAAGAAAAUCAAGGAGAUAUCAGCAGAUGGAGAGGACAUAUCUAAGGAUCAUGAAAACCAUCACAUAUUUCAAAAAGAGCAUGAUGAACAAUUAUUACUCUGGAUGAACCGGAGAGCUGAUGAUUGGACGCUAUCUUGGGGAGGUAGUGGAACUAUUUUUGGUUGGGGACAUAAUCACAGAGGACAGUUAGGUGGUGUAGAUGGUGCUAAGGUCAAAUUACCAUCGCCCUGUGAAGCUUUGUCCACUCUAAGACCAAUACAGAUAGUGGGAGGAGAACAGACAUUAUUCUGUGUUACUGCAGAUGGAAAGGUGUAUGCAACUGGUUAUGGUGCUGGUGGACGACUUGGUACAGGAGGGACAGACUCUGUAUCCACUCCUACACUCUUGGUAUCUAUACAACAUGUAGUUAUCAAGAAAGUAGCUGUUAACUCUGGCGGUAAACACUGCUUAGCUCUGUCUCAUGAAGGGGAAGUGUAUACUUGGGGUGAGGCAGAAGAUGGCAAGUUAGGACAUGGAAUCAGAUCCCAUUGUGAUCGACCACUAGUUUUGGAUUCCCUGCGAGGUAAGGAGGUCGUUGAUGUGGCAGCUGGUGGUGCCCAUAGCGCUUGUAUCACAUCUAAUGGUGAACUCUAUACAUGGGGAAAAGGAAGGUAUGGACGUUUGGGGCAUGGAGAUAGCGAGGACCAGCCUCGUCCUAAACUAGUGGAAGCUUUGAAAGAUUAUCGAGUAACUGAUGUCGCUUGCGGUAGCGGUGAUGCCCAGACACUAUGUCUAACGGACGAUGAUUGUGUAUGGUCAUGGGGUGAUGGAGAUUACGGUAAACUAGGUCGUGGUGGCAGUGAUGGAUGUAAAACCCCACAGAGAAUUGAAUCAUUGGUAGGACUGGGCAUAUGUAAAGUAGAGUGUGGAUCUCAGUUCUCUGUAGCAUUAUCAAAGUCUGGUGCUGUUUACACAUGGGGCAAGGGUGACUACCAUAGACUAGGCCAUGGAACAGACGACCAUGUGAGGAGACCCCGCAAAGUAGCUGCUUUACAAGGAAAGAAAAUCUUCCAUAUUGCCACAGGAUCUCUUCACUGUGUUGCCGUCACUGAUCAAGGUGAAGUCUAUACUUGGGGUGACAACGAUGAAGGUCAGCUAGGUGAUGGAACAACUAAUGCAAUACAGAGACCAAGAUUGGUUACUGCUUUACAAGGCAAGAAGAUCACUCAUGUGGCAUGUGGCUCAGCUCACAGUCUGGCCUGGUCAACCAGUAAACCAGUCAAUGCCAGUAAACUGCCAUGUAAAGUGCCAAUGGAAUACAACUUAUUGCAGGACAUCGGUAUUUCUGUGCUGCGUAACCGACUAGUCUUGCUUCAUAAUUUCUCUGAACUCUUCUGCCCGUGUAUACCCAUGUUUGAUCUGCAAGGAAAAGCAGAGGAUUCUGAUGGAGGCCCAUCUGUUGGUAUGGAUGCACUCAGAUCAUUGCUGGUCUCAAGUGGAAAGGAGGCUGCAUUCCGAAAAGUAGUGCAAGCAACUAUGAUUCGUGACAGACAGCAUGGUCCUGUGAUUGAACUAAACAGAAUACAGGUGAAGAGAUCACGUAGUAAAGGUGGCAUGGCCGGUCCAGAUGGCACCAAAUCAGUAUUUGGACAAGCUUGUUUCAAACUUAGUAACUUUGCUUCUGAUAGUCUACUUCUACCACAUCGAGUAUGGAAAGUCAAAUUUAUAGGUGAGAGUGUAGAUGACUGUGGUGGUGGAUAUAGUGAAUCUAUUGCUGAAAUGUGUGACGAAUUACAGAACGGUUCUGUACCGUUGCUGAUUGUGACACCAAACGGGCGUGAUGAAUCUGGUGCUAACAGAGACUGUUUCCUUCUUAAUCCACACUUAAAAUCAGAAAUACACAAAAAACUGCUUCAGUUUCUAGGUAUUUUAAUGGGUAUAGCUAUUCGUACUGGCAGUCCUCUUAGUUUGAACCUAGCAGAGCCUGUGUGGAAGCAAUUAGCUGGCAUGCCGUUAACAGUGUCUGACUUGACAGAGGUUGACAAAGAUUAUGUACCAGGUCUGAUGUGUAUCCGAGAUAUGGAAUCUGAAGUUUUUAGUGAAAUGGAGAUGCCGUUCAGUACCCCUAGUGCCAGUGGACAAGAAAUGCAACUCAGUUCAAAGUAUUCACGGAUCAAUCUUGAAAACCGGAAUGAAUAUGUCAGAGCUGCUCUUAAUUACAGGUUACAUGAGUUCUAUGAUCAGCUGCAAUGGGUGAGAGAAGGCAUGGCUAAAGUGAUACCAGUACCACUGCUUUCACUGUUUACUGGAUACGAACUGGAGACAAUGAUCUGCGGUAGCCCAGAUAUUCCCUUACAUUUACUGAAGAGUGUGGCCACCUAUAAAGGAACAGAUGCCACGGCACCACUGGUGCAAUGGUUCUGGGAAGUCAUGGAGGAGUUUUCAAACACAGAGAGAUCUCUAUUUCUAAGAUUUGUUUGGGGGAGAACUCGCUUGCCACGUACAAUCGCUGAUUUCAGAGGCAGGGACUUUGUCCUUCAGGUGUUGGACAAGUACAACCCUCCAGAUCACUUCUUGCCAGAAUCCUACACUUGUUUCUUCUUGCUUAAAAUGCCCCGGUAUUCUUGCAGAGAAGUGCUGCGAGAGAAAUUAAAAUAUGCCAUCCAUUUUUGCAAAUCAAUUGACACUGAUGACUAUGCCAGAAUUGCACUCACCGGUGAACCAGUCGGUGAUGAUACGACAGACGAGAGCGAUGACGAAGACAUUGAUAGCGUGGAAUCGGAUACCGAACCAGAAUCAGACUAAAUGUGCUGUUAUUGUCUGUAUAUGAUGAACCAAACGAAUCCUAUCUAGACACUGUUAAUUUAAAUUAGUUACAGAUAACGGC